AUGAAUCAGCUCACAUCAGAACAAGCUCAAGCAUUAUGGUCAGCAGGUGGGUUCCUGGUGUUUGAUGGAUUAUCGGAAGGUAGUGAAUUCGGUGUCGAUGGGAGUAUCAACAUUAUACGUAGAUUCAGUGGUAUCAAGUUCCUCCCACCAGGUAUACACCUAAUCACUUGGUCACCCUCUUCUUCUUCUCCUUCCAGCACCAGUCCAGCGGGUCCUGCGGGUAUACCCAUUCGAUUUGGUCUCAUAAGGUAUACUAAACCGAAAGAACGGUUCGUCAUACGAUAUGAUCCCCAAUCUGAACAUACCGAGGUGCAGCUAGAUGUAGUAAUCUCGGACGACAGGUUAAAAUCGCUCGAUGGGGAAAUGGCUCCCUACCCAUUUGAUCAUCUCGAGCGUUGGAAAUCCCUCACUUCACAUAUAACCGAAGAAACGAUUAUACAAGUCAUUGGAGGAAAUGAUAAAGUGCUCAGUGGGAUGAUAGAGGUCGAAGGUGAAGAGGAAGAUUCGAUAGAUCGUAGGAAAGGAACUACCAGUAAAGGGGAUGAGGAUAGUACAGGUGGUAAUGGUGAUAAGCUGAAUUUUGUUAGAUUCAAUUUGAAGAAAAGCUGGAGAGAUGGUGCGAUAGGUGAAGAAGUUACGAGAUACUCUAAAGAUAAGAGUUGGUUGUUGGGGAAUGUCGUCGAGAAACGAUUAGGAGGAGAUCCAAUCAAAAUCAUCUCACAACUCCAACUCUCCUUUAUCCUCCUCUUGCACCUGUCUUCCUACUCCGCUUUACUAGUGUACAAAAGAAUUCUCACUCUACUUUGUCAAUCAACAGAUUUUCUCUCCACUCCUUCAGAAUACCUAUCGUCGUCGUCUGCCUCCCAAACAAAGAUACAAGAAGCGUUCAUAUCGCUCGUCGAUACACUUGCAAGUCAGAUACAAACUAUACCGGACGGUACGUUCGAUACGGAGCUACCUGAGUUGGAUGUCUUUUACCUUGAUCAAAUUGAGUCCAUGCGGAAGAAUCUGACCGGAGCGAUAUCAAUAUCUAAGGAUUCGGACAAGUGGGAUGAGAAUGCGAGGGGAAAGAUAGGAUCAUCUUGGACCAAGUUGAAGGAAGCUGGUAAGCCAUGGGGAUGGGAAAUCGGUGAUUUGUCGAAAGAUCAACCAGCUCAGAAUAGCGAUGACGAUGAAGAGUCAGAUGAAGAAGGUGAAUAUGCACCAGUCAUCGUAGAGAUAUAG